AUGGCGAAUCUCGAAGAGGCUGGCCAAAGUGCUCCUCGUGACCUUGGCGCGGCUUUGGGAGGCAACUUGAACGAUGUAGAAUGGCUGAGCUACAUUGGAAAUCAACUCUUUAUCCAAUAUCAGAAGACUAAAGCAAUAUCUGACCUUGAUAAAUCCAUCCCAUUUGCGCAGAGGGCACUCCUUAUUACCCCGGAAGAUCAUCCGGAUUAUAUAGGAUUACUAUACCGUCUAGGAACCCAACUCGGGUGGAGAUACCAAGAGAUUGGAGAAAUAAAUGAUAGUGAAGAGACUAUCCGCAUCAUACAACACGGCAUCGACAAAAUAUCGUACGAUCAAAGCUAUUUUUGUUGGCUGUUGUACAGACUUGGAAUUGCCUUACGGGUUAAAUUCCUUAGAACUCGAAAUAUAGCUGACCUUGAGGAAGCCAUUCAAGCCACACGGCACGCUGUCCACGAAAUAUCUCAUGACAACCCCAUAUACGAGAUACCCCGAGAUAGCCCUAUCUAUUUCAACUGGUUAUAUGCUCUUGCAGACCAACUUGAUGAUAAAUACGAUAUAACAAAAGCUCUGCCUGACCUUCAGGAGAUGAUUCAAGUUACACUACAAGCUAUCAGUAAAACCCCAAUCAAACACCCGGCUUAUGCAGAAGGACUGCAUUCUCUUGGAAUCCGACUUCGCGCUAAGUACUUGCGGACUAAGGAACUCGAUGAUGUUGAAGAGGGUAUUGAAAUUAUGCAAGAGGCGACUGCUUCUACCCCAGAAGAUGAUCCCCAGCGUACGAAGCGUUUAUGGACUCUUGCAACUCUCCUUGGUGAUCGAUACGACAAGGAAAGGGAUGCAACUGAUCUCAAAGAAGCUAUCCGACUCCUACGGCUGGCCACCAAUGUGACAACAGAAGACGAUCUAGAUCAUGCAAGAUUAUUAAACGAUCUCAGCAAGGGACUACGGGCAAUGUUUUUCAGGGCUGGGAACAUGGCGGACCUAGAGGGGGCUAUCCAAGCUUCGCGGCAGGCCGUAAACAUGGGGCCAGAAGAUCAUUCUGAACGCGCCACAUGGCUGAUCACUCUUGGGAGGAGUCUUCAUGCUAGAGCGACAAAGACCGAAGAGAUUUCCCAUGUUGAUGAGUCCAUCCAAGUCGUGCAAAAAGCUAUCGAUUUGACCCUAGAAGACUCUCCAGACCUUCCAAAGUGGCUACAUGAUCUCGGAAAAGGACUUAGGCUAAGAUAUCUUGUAACCAAAGCUCUCGAGGACAUUGGGGAAGCCAUCGAUGCUUUGCGGCAGGUUCUCAAGUCAUUGCCAAGCGAGGAUCCGGACUACACAGAGCUUCUAAACAACCUUGCAAUGAGUCUUAGCGAAAGAGGGUUAAGAACUGGAAUGGUCUCGGAUCUCAAUGAGACUAUCCAAGUUUUGCAACAGGCUCUUAAGAAUACUCCAGAGGUCGACGCAGACCAUCUUGUGCUUUUAUCUAAUCUUGCAGAGGCACUUUACGAGAGAUAUUUGCAGACUGAAGCCAUGGUUGAUCUUGAAGGAUACAUCCAGCUCACCCAGCGCGCUAUGAAUAUAGUUCCAAAACACAGCCCAGACCAUUCAAAGUGGUUGAAUAGGGUUGGUGUUGGGCUGGGAUACAGAUAUCAAAGGACAAAAUUAGCGGCAGACCUUGAUAUGGCCAUCGAGUUUAUACGACGGGCUGUUAACACAAGUCAAGAAGACCACCUGCUUCGGGGGGAGUGGUUAAAUAAUCUUGCAGUCCGCCUUGGCGAGAGAUAUUCGAUUAAUGGAGACAUAGCUGACCUUGAAGAGGCCUUGAAGGCCAGCCAAGAGGUUAUCUCUAUUACUCCAGAAGAUCACCCAAACUAUCCGAGGUGGUUAAACAACCUUGGAAACCGGCUGUUGGAACGCUACCUGUACGACGGAAUUGUCGCCGAUCUUGACAAGUCCAUCGAUUUAAGACGGCAGGCUAUCAAUAUCACCCCAAAAGACCACCCGGACAACGGAGGACUGUUGAUGAAUUACGUGGACGCCUUGAUGACGAAAUUCAACUUGGAAAGCAAUAUAGAUGACACGGAUAAGAUGAUAUCAAUCUGCGAAUCUGCUUUACGCCAGUCAAAUUUCUACAUUUAUGAUCGGAUACGCGCAGGCGGCAGACUUCUUGCCUUGUACUCAAUGACUGGGAAGUGGGAGCGAGCGUUCGAAGCCUCCGAACUUGUGAAUUCUCUGAUUCCUAGGCUGACAUCGCGACAUCUUGAGAAUGCUGAUAGACAGCACCGGCUUCGUCAGGCAGUUGGUCUCGCGUCUGACACCGCAGCAGUGGCAAUGCAUGCCAACAAACCGCCAUUACUUGCAUUGAAUUUUCUUGAGAACGGCCGAGGUGUACUUGCCACAUCUCUGGAGGAUAUGCGUAUAGACAUCGUGGAGCUGCAGGAGAGGCACUCUGACUUGGCAGAGCAAUUUGUCGGUCUACGUGAUGAGCUGGAAAACCCACCGUCCCGCGUCAACUCUUCCACCAAACAGCAAGACACUAAAAAGCAAGAUGCUCAGUAUUCCUGGAGAACAGAGGCGACUCGGCGUCACGAUACCGGUGACAAACUCGACCAGCUGAUCAUGGAAAUCCGCAAACGACCAGGAUUUGAUCAUUUCCUACUCCCGCCAAGUGAGUCAGAUAUUCGUGCUGCAGCUAGCCAGGGACCGAUUGUUGUCAUCAACGUUAGCAAGCAUCGUUGUGAUGCGAUCCUAGUUGAACGUCAGAAGAUCCGGUCACUGCGAUUGAAAGGGCUUGGAAAAAACGACAUUGAAGAAAAGAGCCGACGAGGAAGCCUGGGAACCCCCGAAAUACUAGAGUGGUUAUGGGAUUUUAUCGCAGGUCCGGUUCUGGAUGCCUUGACAUUUACUCAGCCGCCGCUCGACAACGACUGGCCUCAUGUGUGGUGGAUUCCCACAGGCCCUCUGAGCAAAUUUCCUCUCCAUGCUGCAGGGCGCCACGAGGAAAGUUCUGGCAAUACAGUCCUCGACAGGGUCAUAUCGUCUUAUAGCCCCUCUAUCAAGGCCAUCAUAAACGGUCGUCGUCGUAGUGACCAAACUGCUACCCAGAUGGGCUCGUCUCUCCUUGUCUCCAUGGAACACACCCCAGGCUAUUCCAACCUCCCCUAUGCUACUGACGAGAUAGCGAUGUUACAUGAUCUGCAUAAGUCCUUCGCACUCAACCCUCUUGAGCCUGGCCGCCGUUACCAAGACAUCACGUCUCAUUUGGCCGCUUGCAGGAUCUUCCACUUUGCUGGACAUGGUUUUUCGCAUACAGAUGACCCAUCGAAGAGUGAGCUGCUUGUGGAGGACCGGGACACCAAUCCGCUGACGGUAGCCACUCUUCUUGAGAUGAACCUCCGCCAAAAUCCACCCUUCCUCGCGUAUCUGUCGGCGUGUGGGACCGGCCGAAUCAGGGAUGAGAGCUUCUUCGAUGAGAGCAUCCAUCUCAUCAGUGCUUUCCAAUUGGCAGGCUUCCGGCACGUAAUUGGUACUUUGUGGGAAGUGAAUGAUGAGAUGUGCGUGGAUAUGGCUAGACUUACAUAUGAGGGAAUCCGGGACGGAGGCAUGACAGACGACUCAGUCUGUCGAGGCCUCCAUCACGCCAGCCGGGAACUCCGAGAUCUUUGGCUUGUUUCAUCAGCGAUACGAGGUGCAAAACCAAAACGUGAAGCAGAUCCAUUUCCAGCGGGGGAUGAGGCAGCUACAGGUGAGGAGGAUGAGAGAGGUAAUAGAGUGGGAAGAGAUAUGAUUUUGGACGAGAGGGCAGAGGCACACUGGAUUCCAUAUGUUCACUUUGGUGUUUGA